AUGUAUGCGACCCUAAAGACCAUGGCUUCACCCUAUUCUUUUCCAAAGGAUAAGGCGACGAAACAAGCAAUGGCCUCGUCUCGCAGCUUGGCUCUGGCGCUCCUCUUCAGCCUCCUCUCACUCUCUUGCUAUGCAUCCGUCCCUUCCUUAGCUUCCUCCGACGGCUUCCUCCGAUGCCUCUCGGCGGCCAUACCCAAGCAGCUGUUAUACACGCAGACCUCGCCUUCGUUCACCUCGGUCCUGGUGUCCUCCAUCCGGAACCCCAAGUUCUCCACGCCUAGCACGGUGAAGCCGCUGUGCAUCGUCACGCCGACCAACUCCUCCCACGUCCAGGCCGCCGUGGUCUGCGGCCGUCGGAACGACGUGCGCCUCCGCGUGCGCAGCGGCGGGCACGACUACGAGGGCCUCUCGUACCGGUCCGCACGACCCGAGGUGUUCGCGGUGGUCGACCUGGCCAACCUCCGCUCCGUGCGCGUUGACCAGAAGGCGGCCACCGCGUGGGUGGACUCCGGCGCGACGCUCGGGGAGCUGUACUACGCCAUCUCGAAGGCGAGCAAGCUGCUAGCUUUCCCGGCCGGCCUGUGCCCGACGAUCGGCGUGGGCGGGCAUUUCAGCGGCGGCGGGUUUGGCAUGCUGCUGCGCAAGUACGGCGUCGCCAUCGACAACGUCCUGGACGCCACGCUUGUUGACGCCAAAGGGAGGCUCCUGGACAAGCAGGCCAUGGGGACGGACGUGUUCUGGGCCAUCCGCGGCGGCGGCGGCGAGAGCUUCGGCAUCGUGCUCUCGUGGAAGGUGAAGCUCGUUCCCGUCCCGCCGACAGUGACAAUGUUCAGCGUCACAAAGUCUGUCGACGAGGGCGCCGUAGACAUCCUCACCAGAUGGCAAGCGGUCGCCCCAGCUCUCCCCGAAGAUCUUUUCAUCAGGGUGCUCGCGCAGAAACAGGUGGCCAACUUCCAGGCCAUGUACCUGGGGACACCCGGGAUGCUGCUGCCGCUGAUGCGCAGCCGCUUCCCGGAGCUCGGCCUGAACCGGACGCACUGCAAGGAGAUGACGUGGAUCCAGUCGGUGCCGUACAUCUACCUGGGCAGCGCCGCCACCGUGGAGGACAUCCUGAACCGGACCACCGCCACGAGGUCCUUCAGCAAGGCCACGUCCGACUACGUCCGUCAGGCCAUUCCCAAAGACGUCUGGGUGAAGAUCUUCGCCUGGCUCGCCAAGCCGGACGCCGGGCUCAUGAUCAUGGACCCUUACGGCGGGAAGAUCGGCAGCCUCCCGGAGUCGGCGACGCCGUUCCCGCACCGUGGCGGGGUGCUGUACAACAUCCAGUACAUGAAUUUCUGGUCGGCCGCCACGGACGGAUCGGCGCAGACGAGGUGGCUCAGAGAGUUUUUCGCGUUCGUGGGGCCGUACGUGAGCAACAACCCCAGAGAGGCGUAUGUGAACUACAGGGACCUUGACCUGGGCCAGAAUGUGGUUGUGGGGAACGUCACCAGCUACCAGGCCGGUAAGGUAUGGGGCGAGAAGUACUUCAAGGGUAACUUUCGGAGGCUCGCGGUGGCCAAGGGCAAGGUGGAUCCCGACGACUACUUUAGGAACGAGCAGACCAUCCCACCACUAGUGGCGACGAAGUAA